AUGACUCCGAAAGAGCAAUUAGAAGACGAAUGCGGUGCACGACAUCAGUAUUUCGAGAAUAUAAGUCAGACGAUCAAGCCUGAGAUGAGAGUUGACUUCGACUGGUGCUCUGAUUCUUCCGUGGACGAGGCCGACAUGUCUGAAAUCAUGCAAAGUCUCGAAUCUUUGCCCAGUUUUAUCGAGAGAAAUGAAAGCCUGGAUCAUAAACAGUGGUUAUGGCCUUCUUCUUCUUUUCAAACGGCCGACGACCGAGAAAUAGAAUCUUCAGAGGUGUCGACAGCGUCCGUCGAUUCCGAGUCAAGCGCAGCCGAUGACGACGAAAAAGCAAUCACAUUGGAUAACCGGGGGUAUACGCAAGAAAACGAGAUUUACGAUCGAUUUCGAGAAGCACUGGUAGAAAAGGGCGGAAAACGAGGGAGCAGUGUACGAUUUGACAAAGAUUCAAUUCAAGUACAGACCUACGAACCUCCCUGCACGAGUUGUCAUUCCGAUUUGUAUUAUUCCUGCCAUCAACUUCAAAGGAUGAUAGACGAAAAUCGACGGCGGAUUGACUAA